GGCAGUUCCUGACUUUUUUUUCUAUAAACAAACUUGGGUCUUAUUUCCCCACAAAUAAGUGUUUUUCUCUCCUGUUUUUUUUUUUUAGCUGCAUUUGUUGCGUUAGGACUUUGGUUUCAGGUAUAUUAGGUUACAUCAUUUCAGGACCCAAGCCAAUAUGAAGAGCCUAAUGUGUUUAUGCUGUGUUUCUGUUCUACCGUACCUCUGCAAUGCAGGUGAACAUUCUCUGUAUGUAUUUUCAACAUUCAUCGCUGGAAAUACACCGUUCCCAGAGUUCAGUGCAGUGGUGAUGCUGGAUGAUGUUCAGCUGUUCUAUUAUGACUCAGAUGUAAAGAAGUUAAUCUACAGAAACUACAAACCAGACCAUGAAGCCACAAUACAGAAAGAUCUGAUGUUAAUAUUUGAUCACCAGUAUAUAGACAUGAAAAACUGGGUUUUGGUUUUGGUCAAACAGUUCAAUGUUACAAACGGAGUUAAUGUUCAGCAGAGACUGGCAGGAUGUGAGCUGUUUGAUAAGGACUCGCCAGGAAUGCUGCGGUCAUGGGAAGCUUUCAACGGAGUUGGACAAGGAGAGUUACUCUUUAACUCACAGCUCAACACCCUCACGCUUCCAGCAUUGUUCACAAAUCUGUGGGACACGUUUAAAAAGAAUCAUGUUCAGUGGCUGUAUGCAAAUGUUUACAGCCCUGUCUGCAUCAAAGCACUGAAGGACUUGCUGCAUGAGAACAGAAAUCAAAUCAGGAAGAAAGUAAAGCCCAGAGUCAGGCUCCUCCAGAAGGCUCCUACACACUCUGGAGGGGCCUUGCUGACCUGCCUGGCCACUGGCUUCUACCCGCGUCACAUCAACCUGACCAUGCUGAGAGACGGCCAACCCGUGACUGAGGAGCGUGUGAUUGGAGGGGAGGUGCUGCCUAAUGGAGACGGGAUCUACCAGAUGAGGAAGAGGCUGGAGGUCAGUGCAGAGGAGAUGCGAGAGAAACACAACUACACCUGCACGGUCAUGCACCUCAGCCUGGCCAACAAGAUCGACAUCAGCAUGGAAAUCAGGCUCCCUGUAGACGCGUCCACCAUGACUGUGGUGGUUAUGGUGCUUGGGCUGGUGGUUGUGUGUGUGAUUGUUCCUGUCACUGUUUUCCUCGUAUACCGCAGGAAACGCAACGGAGCAAAGAAAUCCCCUAUGGUCACUUACACUUCUGUGUGCAGAAAUGUUCAGAGUGAGGCAUCUUCAGACACUACCACUACAAACUAGAGCACUCGAUUUGUACUAUGCUGGAUAUGGUAUUGUGUUUCUAUUUGAUAUGUGUUUUUUUUUUUUUUUAUAUUAUUUUUCUAUUAGAUGAUCCAGUGUAUUUGAUCCAUUUGUUUCACAGAGUUAAUAAGCGAGUUAUGGAACUGCCAUGCAGUGCACCACUUGUUUAAAUUCAGCUGUUGUGUGCAGUGUGGUUUCUCUUUGACGUGUUUAUACCCACAAGUGGCACGCGUGUCCCAGGUGAAGUUAUUCAGCGGAUGACAGAGGGAAGGUUUUUAAAGAAUCACACGAAGAAUUAUUAAAGGGAUCGAGGUUGUCAUGUUUUGAGUUCGUCUGAAGUCACAGUAUUUUGAAUUCAUGGACCCACAGUGCCACCCAGUGACUGUAGCGAGAUUUGCCAUAUAAUCAAACUGAACUGUGUGUUCAUAGCAGCAGCUUCACUGUAUGCAGUUGUUAAUAAGUUGUGACCUUCUGAGCCUAAAGAAAAUGAGAAAUAGUGUCUUAGACAUGGACGUGCGCAGGUGAAUUUGUGUGGUAAUAAUGUUCUGCUUAAGUGGGAAAAUCUUUGGAAAUCAGGCCUACCUGGCUUUAUGUGUCAAGUUAUUAGAGGGAAUGUGUAAGUUUUCCCUUAUUUUGUUUUAUUUGUAGUCAGCUAAAGUAAGAUGAUUCGAAGAAAUCUGAACCCCUCUGGAGUGAGAAAAAGGAAAUCAGUAUUCAUGACUUAGAUGUGAAUGAGUUAGUUAGACCGACUCCCUUGUUAACGCCCCUUCAGAUAUCCAGACGUAGUAAGAGUUAGGGACCUUUUUCCCAGGUUUUUCUUUGAAGAAGUGGUUGAUGUAAUUUCGGAGAGUUUAGGAAAAGAUUUUUUUCAGUCCAGAACAUCUCACAGAAAAAAUUUAGAAUUUGUUUCUUAGAAUUUGUUUUCUUUGUUAAUUUGUCCAUCUGUCGUCUUUACAGUUUUAAUGUUAGUUUGUCUGCACCAGUUUUGAUUCACACCACACCAACAUCAAAAUUUAUUUUGUCUUUUCAUCGUUGAUAGAGUUGCAAUUAGUUAUGUACAGCCAGCAGCAAUUAGUACCAAAUUGUCAACUGAGAAUUCAGCGUUGGGGUAGAUUACAGAAAUCAGCGUUGGGAUACAUUACAGAAUGGUUCAUGGCAGAACCUCGGAGCCUGAAAAGAAAGUUCAGAGUAUCAACCGGGUCACUGUGGUAGCGUAGAAAACUUUGGAAUUAAUUGCGGAACGUCACACAGUGUGAACGCAGUAGAAGCACAAGCGGAUGGUGACCUGAAUAAGAAUCUCAGUCCAAAAAGUAAUGUCACGUAAAAUAAUAAUUAAGUUUUCCAUAAAAUUAGAGUGCUGCUAUAUGAAUCAGUAAUUUAACAUAUUCAAACAUCUAUCACUACAUGAUCAUAAAUUCAACUACAGAUUACCGCUGUUAUAUACAAAGAUCAGCAUUCUCGUGCAGAACUGAAAUUGUGCACAUGAUUUUCACAAGACUUAUUUUAAUGUAUUCUGUCUUGUUCAGAGAACAAGAUGUUUUCAGACACCUGAACCGCUUGAUUAAGAGUUUUGUGUGUGUGUGUGUGUGUGUGUGUGUGUGUAGCAAUGUAUUGCAAUGGCUGAAGCAUAUGUAGCGUUCUAGUUAAGCCAUCAAUAGCAAACUUAAGAGCUCACACAUAUGGGUGCUUAAAAUAUAGAGAAUACUUCUCUGUUUUUGAACGUGUGCACAUCACUAGCAAAUUUAGCUGUAGAUGCUGGAUGAGUCAGACCUCUUGGGGCUAAAAGGUUUUCUUUAACGUACAGAGGAGUGUGUUGGGCAUCAGUGACAUGAACUGAUGUAAAAUAAUUAAUUGUCAUGAGGAAUCGUAAAAACCUGUUUGUCAAACAUGGAUUUGGCUUAUUUUCCAACCAUAAUAAUUGUAGACGUCUCUGUAUAAUUUCAUGUACAAUAAAUGAGCAGAAAGUG